CUGAGAUUGCUUUAUAUAUUUUUAACAAUGCACAUCUUUAAAUUGGCAUUAGUCUGCUUCUGGUUUAGUUUUGCUGAAAGUUGUGAGACAUUCUGCUCACGAAACUUUAAGCCUGUUUGCGGUUACGAUGGCCAGUGUCAUACGGAAGCCGUAAAUGCCUGCCAAAUGAAGAAUAUCAAUUGCCAAAGAGCUGGUAAUGGAAAACCAGUUUUUAAAAUUGUAAGGCGAGGAGCGUGUAAAAGUUUUUUUACAUUUUGCAAAAUGUUACCCGAAGAUUGAAUAUAGCCCUGUUUUACAUCCUCCAGGAUAGCGAAUUGGGAAUUCAGAUAUUAUAGUAGUUGUAAUUGAUAAUUAAAUCUAAAUUUGGAUUCAAUA